AUGAACCCCCACUUGGCGCGCGCAUCUUCUUCACUUUCUCUUUCUUCUCUCCUCUUCUCCUCCUUCUCUUCUUCUCUCUCUCGACGUUUACCUUCUCGUGCUUCUCAUACCCUUUUUCGUUCGCACUUCUCCCACUCCAUCACCAUGUCCGAGAUAACUCACCCCACUAUCAAGGUACAUGGCUGGUUCUCCGAGCAGUCCGGCAUGUGGCCUGGUCAGGCCAUGAACCUCAAGGUCAACCAGAUCCUGCACCACGAGAAGUCCAAGUACCAGGAUGUCCUCAUCUUCGAGAGCAGUGACUACGGCACUGUUCUCGUCCUGGACAAUGUCAUCCAGUGCACUGAGCGCGAUGAGUUCUCCUACCAGGAGAUGAUCACCCACCUCGCCAUGAACUCUCACCCCAACCCCAAGAAGGUCCUGGUCAUCGGUGGUGGAGAUGGCGGUGUCCUCCGUGAGGUCGUCAAGCACGAGACCGUUGAGGAGGCCAUCCUGUGCGAUAUCGAUGAGGCCGUCAUCCGUCUCUCUAAGAAGUACCUCCCCGGCAUGAGCAUCGGCUUCCAGCACCCUAACGUCAAGACCCACGUCGGUGAUGGCUUCGAGUUCCUCAAGAACCACAAGAACGAGUUCGACGUCAUCAUCACUGACAGCUCCGACCCUGAGGGUCCUGCCGAGAGCCUCUUCCAGAAGCCCUACUUUGAGCUCCUGCGCGAUGCGCUCCGUGAGGGAGGUGUCAUCACCACACAAGGUUGUUCGUCGCCUUUCCUUCUCUCUAUUACGCCCCAAACCACCCGAAUCCUCCGGGAAUCGGUUUGGGUUAGCAUUUUCACACUUGCAGCCGAGAACCAAUGGCUGCACCUUUCUCUGAUCACCGACCUCAAGAAGGCCUGCAAGGAGGUCUUCCCCGUCGCCGAAUACGCCUACACCACCAUCCCCACCUACCCCUCCGGCCAGAUUGGCUUCAUGGUCUGCUGCAAGGACGCUACCCGCAACGUUCGCGAGCCCGUCCGCAAGUGGUCUAUCGAGGAGGAGGAGCGUCUCUGCCGCUAUUACAACCAGGAUAUCCACCGGGCUAGCUUCGUUCUGCCCAACUUUGCCCGUAAGGCUCUGAACAACUAG